UUCUGUUAUUGUUGUCUGCGUCUGAUCUGUUUCGACGCAAUUAAUUAAAGGUUUUAAAGCGCUUAAGAGCGGCACUUUAGGUAGGAUAUUGUUCCAAACUAGUCAAGGAUGUUCUCCAAAAAGAAGCCGGAGCCAGCAAAGCGAAGGCAGCACGAUUUGUCCCAGUUUGGCCUUACGGAAAUCCCAGACGACUUCGAUCCCAGCGCUGGCUACGGAGAUGACGAUGGCGGCGACAGUGAUCUGGAGGCGGAGCUGGCGGCCAUUGCCAGCGGCGGGGGCGGCCGGCCCAAGCCGAAGCCCAAGGCAAAGCUCGUGCCAGCGAGCGACUUGGACAAAAUGAUUGCCGACAGCUUGCGUGAUGUCAGCGACGAUGACGACGAUGAAAACCUGGAAAAUGACUCGGAUCUGCUGGGUGAAUUGAACGGCAUUGGAGGCGUGGAUAUGGAGGAGGACGAAGAGCAGCCAGCGGAGGAGCCAGCAGCAGCCAGCGAGGAGCCGGUGCAGACCUUUCUGCCCACCACCACUGUGGACACGCUGAGCAUCAUCAAACAGCGGCUGGAGAUGUACAAGGUGGCCGAGGCGAAUGCUAAGGCUGCAGGGGACUCUGGCAAGGCGAGACGCUUUGCCAGAGGUCUCAAGACUCUGCAGGACCUGCACAAGCAAGCAGCAGCUGGCAAGUCUAUCAAUGUGGACGAUAUACCGCCAGAGGUCAGUGUGAAGCCUGCAGGUGGAACGGCUCCUGCAGUAGCUGCAGAGGAGUCACCCGCUCCCUCUACUCCUGCUUCACCUCCGCCCAUACCGAGUCGAGCGGCUCCAGCUCCUCCCACUCCAACAUCGCCUAUAGCGCCAACGACCUCUGUGGCUCCCUCCACGCCUCCAAAUCCGCUAGUGGCUCAAAUGCGCAGCCGCCAGAACGAGUACAAAGCCGCUGCCCUACAGUCCAAGCGUAGCGGGGACACAGCCACUGCCCUCCAGUUCCUCAAGGUGGUAAAGCAGUUCGAUGUGGUUGUAAAGAUGUGCGAGGAUGGCCAGGAAGUCGAUCUUAGUGACAUGCCUCCACCACCGGCCGAGUUUCUUGCAUUCCUGGCUAAAAUGAACGAGGGCGCCGCGUCAAAAGCAGCAGCAGAACCAUCUCCGGCACCGUCUCCAGUUGUUCCUGCUGCUGCUCCCGCUCCGGCAGCCGCUACAAACAUUUUGGAGGCUCUGCAGCAACGCCUGGAGAAGUAUCAGUCUGUGGAGGCGGCGGCCAAGGCAGAAAAUAAUACCGGCAAAGCACGACGUUUUGGGAGGAUUGUGAAACAAUAUGAGGAUGCGAUCAAGCUGUACAAGGCUGGCAAACCCGUGCCUUACGACGAAUUACCCGUGCCACCCGGUUUUGGUCCACUGCCCACCGGGGAUGCUGCUCCGGCUCCAGCCCCUUCGCUGCCCACAUCACCUGCAUCCCCGCCGGCAACAGCCAGCACUUCUGCAGGGGGAACGCCAUCCAGCUCGAGUGCAGCAACGCCCACGACUCCUCGGAAAGCUCCUUCGCCGCCCAAGGAGUUGACCACACGCACCUCAGGCAAUCAGCAGAAAAAUAAUCUAGCCGAGCAGCAGAUGAAACUCCUUCUGGAGCGUCAAAAGGAGUUCAAGGUGGCUGCCAUCGAAGCCAACAAAGCAGGAGAAAUUGAUCAGGCCAAGGAGUACCUAAAGAUAUACAAGGGCUUUGAUUCGCUGCUGAAUGCGGCUAGCAGUGGCUUGCCCGUUGAUCUCAGCACUCUUCCUGUCCCUCCCUCCCAGCGAGAUAACUUAGAGGCCUCGUUCGCCAUUGUGUCUGCCGAAGAAUGCGAUCCCAGUGACGACAUCUGUGAGAUCGGUAUCCGCAUGGAGGAGCAACUGGCCAAGCAGCUUAUGAUGUGCAAGAACACUAGGGAUCACCACAAGGCCAUGGGCGAUGUAGCCGGCAUGAAUCGAUUUGAAAAUCUGGCCCUUACUGUCCAAAAGGAUUUGGACUUGGUGCGCUAUUCCAAGCGAAAGAAUCAGACCCUGCCAAAGUUUCACUACGAGCAGCGCAGCUUCAACAUUGUCCACUGCAACACGGAUCUAACAGACAACGAGCUGGAGAUUGUCGUUGUCCGGGGUGUUAACUACAAUGUGGCCAAUCCCAAGGAAGUGGAUACCUAUGUGCGGGUGGAGUUUCCACUGCUUAAUGAUGAAUCUUUCAAGACUAAAACCAAUGUUAUUAGGGACACCAAUAGCCCGGAUUAUGACGAGCGCUUUAAGGUGGACAUUCAGAGAACCAAUCGUCAGUUCCAAAGGAUCUUCAAAAGGCACGGCGUCAAGCUAGAAAUUUAUUCAAGAGGCUGCAGUGUAGAUUGUUGUGGACUAAGUCGUAAACUGCCCCUGUGUUGUUUCAGAGGAUUCCUGCGCUCGGACACGCUGAUUGGAACCGUCAAUGUCAAGCUGCAGCCCUUGGAGACCAAGUGUGAUAUACACGAUACUUACGAUCUAAUGGACGGGCGCAAGCAAGUGGGAGGCAAACUGGAGGUUAAAGUACGUGUUCGCAAUCCCAUUCUCACCAAGCAAAUGGAGCACAUCAACGAGAAGUGGCUGGUCUUGGACGCCUAAGGCAGAUGUGGACAGUCACAUACUUAAAGUUAGUUGCUUAAAGCAAACUAAAUAAUACACUGAUUUAGUUGAAAGUUAUUCCUCUGUACAUACAUACCCCCAGAGAGAAUACGAAACAUGUAUUUACGCUUUACGCCGAUUCCUGCACAGGAUCAAGGCAUUUAUAUAAUACGAACACAACACAGAUUA